AUGAUUGAGCGCCGCCUGAAAUCGCAUGUCGAUAACGUCGUCGAUAGUGCAAUGAGCGAGUGUCGUGAUCAAAUCUACGACGAAUGUAAAGCGAACGAAGCCGAACUUCGAGAACAAAUUGACGAUGGUAACUCCGAGAUCCAGAAUACAACCAAUGAAUACCAAGCCCAACGAUACAUGGACGGUAUCGAGGACCACGGAAUCGAGGUGGGGUUGUGUGCGGAGGAAAAAAUCGCAAAGCUCGAGUGCUGGUUCAAUGGUCCUGUCCGGUCCCCAAUUGAUAGCAAGUCUGGGCCUAGCCAUGACCUGGACGCUAAUGCCAGACGCAGACUAGGCUUGCUUCUGUCAUUCACCGGGUAG